AUGGAAUACUCUGAAAAAGAACAAAACUAUUCCAAUGGGCUGAUGCGAAACGGUUCAGCCUUUGGGCACUUAAAAUUUGAUAAUAUGAAAAGCUUUAAAAUUCAAAAAAAAUUUCAAGCAUUAUAUUUUAUCAUAUUUAUUUGCAUAAUUGGAUCCAUAUUUACAUAUAUUGUCGGAACUAACUAUUAUGCCUCCAAAACCGAUAUAGAUAAAAUUAUUGCAAACUCUAAUUAUUUAACUAUUCGUGCAAAAAUCGAAAGACCACGUGAUAAAAUAGUAAAAAAAGUAAUGAAUAAAAAUGUAUCUAGUUACCUUAAAGAAUCAUUUAAAUUAGUAAAAAAUGGUUUAUUAAAACAUGAGCACCUUGCUAAAAAUACUGAUGGUAUUGAAUUAGACCAAGCCGUUGGUUUAAUGUUUUAUGGUACUGCAGAAUUAGGAGAUAAUAAACAACCAUUUUCAUUCAUCCUUGAUACUGGAUCAUCUAACUUAUGGGUUCCAAGCAAAUCAUGUAAAUCAGACAAUUGUAAAAAUAAACACACUUAUGAUUCAUCAAAAUCACAUACAUAUGAAAAAGAUGGUACACCAGUAAGUAUAGUAUAUGGAUCUGGUGGAAUCAAAGGUUUUUUUAGUAAUGAUAUCUUUACUAUUGGACAGCACACAAUACCAUACAAAUUUAUUGAAGUUACUCAAGCUGAUGAUUUAGAGCCAAUUUACUCUGGAUCUCCAUUUGAUGGUAUAUUAGGUUUAGGAUGGAAAAGUUUAGCUGUCGGAAGUAUAGAACCAGUUAUUGUUGAAUUGAAAAAAAAAGGACAAAUUGAAAAUGCAUUAUUCACAUUCUACUUCCCAGAAGCAAAUGAUGCAGAUGGUUAUUUCACUAUUGGUGGUAUUGAAGAAAGUUUUUACACUGGUGAUAUUACCUAUGAAAAAUUAAGCAAUGAAGCAUACUGGCAAAUUCAAUUAGAUGUAGCUUUUGGUUCAGUAACCCUUCCAAAUUCUAAUAUCAUUGUUGAUAGUGGUACAAGUGCUAUUACUGCCCCAUCAAAAUUCCUUGACAAAUUCUUCGAUACUAUUGUAAGUAUCCCAGUACCUUUCCUUCCACUCAGAGUUGCUUUAUGUGACGACUCAUCCUUACCAACUCUAAAAUUCUCAUCUAAAGGUGCAACAUACACUAUUGAACCAAAACAUUACUUACUUGAUCUUGACCCAGAUAGCGGUUUAUGCCUUUUAGGAAUUGUAGAUGUAGAUAUUGAUGAUAAAACUUUCAUUCUUGGAGAUGUAUUCUUUAAAAAAUACUACACUAUCUUCGAUUAUGAUAACGAAAGAGUUGGUUUCGCAGUUGCAAAAAACUAA